AGUUAAUGCAGACUGAAGUGCAUCAUGUCAGAACCCUGAAGAUCAUGUUGAAAGUCUAUUCAAAAGCGCUGAAGGAAGAGAUGCAGUUCAGUAGCAGAGUCCUCAACCGCAUCUUCCCGUGUGUGGAUGACUUGCUGGAGAUGCACGGGCAGUUCUUACACCGCUUAAAGGAGCGACGCAGAGAAUCCUUGGCAGAAGGGAGUGAUCAGAAUUAUGUGAUCCAGAAAAUUGGAGACCUCUUGGUGCAACAGUUUUCAGGUGAAAAUGGAGAAAGAAUGAAAGAAAAAUAUGGCAUCUUUUGUUGUGGUCACAACGAAGCCGUCAGUCACUAUAAGGAACUGCUCCAGCAAAACAAGAAAUUCCAAAACAUGAUAAAGAAAAUUGGCAACUUCUCCAUUGUGAGGCGGCUUGGUGUUCAGGAGUGCAUUCUUCUCGUUACUCAGCGCAUUACCAAGUACCCGGUGCUGGUGGAGCGCAUCAUUCAGAAUACUGAAGCUGGUACUGAAGAUUAUGAAGACUUGAACCAGGCUCUCGGCCUAAUAAAAGACAUCAUCACACAAGUUGAUGCCAAAGUGAAUGAAUGUGAGAAGGGGCAGCGUCUCAAAGAGAUUGUUGGCAAGAUGGACCUCAAGUCCUCUGGCAAGCUCAAAAAUGGGCUGACCUUCCGGAAGGAGGGUAUGCUCCAUAGGCAGCUCCAUCUUGAUGGAAUGCUGUGCUGGAAAACUGCAUCAGGGCGUCUGAAAGAAGUCCUUGCUGUCCUGUUGACUGAUGUACUUUUGCUGCUACAAGAAAAGGACCAAAAAUAUGUCUUUGCAUCUGUGGACUCAAAGCCACCUGUUAUUUCAUUACAAAAGCUAAUUGUGAGGGAGGUAGCAAAUGAGGAAAAAGCAAUGUUUCUGAUCAGUGCCUCGCUGCAAGGACCAGAAAUGUAUGAAAUUUAUACCUGCUCCAAAGAAGAGAGAAAUUCAUGGAUGACCCAGAUCCGCAGAGCUGUGGAAAGUUGCCCCGAUGGGGAGGAAGAGCCGUUCAGUGAGGCCGAAGAAGACAGAAAAAUGGCUGAAGCCCGAGCUGUAAAAUUAAAAGAAUUCCAAGAGCGUUUAAGCAAGAAAGAUGAGCUGAUUGCUCAAAGUCUCAAUGAGAAACAGCAGAUUUCUUUGGAAAUGUCUGAGAUUAACAGCUUCGAAGAUCUUCCUCCUGGUUCGCAGUCCAGAUUCUUUUUCCGGGGAGAACCCUCAGAGAACUUGCAAGGCGAUAUGAUUCUGAAGUCGGCAAUAUCUGAAGUUGAGACUAUCCAGAACCUGAUCUACAAACCUGGGAGCGUCAGCUAUCAAGGUGACGAUGGCGGCAGUGGGGAUGAUCCCUCGUCACCCCGGAGAGGAGAGACCUCUGGGGGCUAUGACAGCAGCACAAACUCAAAUAAAAUGACUCAUCUUCAGCUAAUUUGCAUUGAGAGGAGGAAGGCACUCCAGGGAAGGAAAUAACAUUAUGGCUAACAUGUAUAAAACCCUUUCAGAUUUGCAAAGUGCUUUGCAAAUAUAUCUCAUUUGAUCCUCACAAUAAUCCUGCAAGGUAGGUU